UCACUUGAAAUAAAUUCUGACCAGCUAUUAAUGCCAAAACAAUUUGUGGGGAGUUAUUAAAGAACAACUUUAAACCAGUUAAUCUCUCUCUGCCUCUCUUUUGUUUUUUUUUUUUUUCCAUUACAUUCCCUUUGAGAGUUUCUUCCAUAGUUUAUGUGAAACUUGACAGGGGAAUGUUCUUUCCACACAUCUAAUCAAGGUUCAUAUUCUGGCUUCAUGGAUUUAAGUGACUUGUGACAUCAGAUGAAACAUGUAUCAGGAAAAAGUUCUGACAUGAAACUCACAGAGUUGAGGAAUUUUGGAGGAAAAAUGAUCAGGUGUUUGCUUUUCAUUUCCCUGUUGAUCCAUGCUUCUUUGGCUAAAAAACAAGCUCCUCAGGCCGCUGCGGCUCAGGCUCCUGUCAAGAAAUGGCAGACUUUAAGCGGUCAACCACCCCUUGUGAUUGCUCGGGGUGGAUUAUCAGGGCUUUUUCCUGAAUCUAGCUCAUUUGCAAAUGACAUGGCCAAUCAGUUAAAAUCUACGGAUGUGGCUUUGUUCUGCAAUCUGCAGCUGACAAAAGAUGGCAUCGGCAUUUGCCUCUCAGAUAUCAGGCUUGACAAUUCAACAACCAUAGGGAUGAUCUUCCCAAAAGAUUCCAAGACCUACAACAUUAAUGGACAGCAGGUGAAGGGUUGGUUUGCUGUGGAUUACACAUCUGAUGUAAUAUUCAACAAUGUGUCAUUGGUUCAAAGUGUAUUGUCUCGAACAAAUGCAUUUGAUGGUCAACUGCCAAUAUCUACUCUUGAGGAUGUCACAGGCGUUAGACCCUCAUCGUUUUGGGUGAAUGUUCAGUAUGACGCUUUCUAUACAGAACACAAACUCAGUGUGUCAGGAUAUCUAGAAAAGGCUAUGAGAUUUAUGGGGAUAAACUUCAUUUCAUCUCCUGAAAUUGGUUUCUUGAAGAACAUGAACGGAAAAGUGAACAGAGCGAGGACAAAGCUCAUCUUCCAGGCCCUUGAUCCAGAUGUAGUUGAACCCACAACCAAACAAACAUACGGUGCAAUAUUGAAGGAUCUUGCAGCCAUCAAGACAUUUGCAUCAGGGAUUCUUGUCCCCAAAGGAUACAUAUGGCCCGUUAAUACAAACAAAUACUUGGGAAAUCCUACUACUCUUGUGGCUGAUGCUCACAAGCUUGGCCUAGAAGUCUAUGCUUCUGGCUUUGCAAAUGAUAUGCCAGCAAGUUACAAUUAUAGUUAUGAUCCAACAACUGAAUACUUGCAGUUCAUCGAUAGUCCCCAGUUUUCUGUCGAUGGGUUGCUUACAGAUUUCUCUCCGACAGCAUCAGCAACCAUUGCAUGCUUUGCAGCCAAUGAAACCACCAAGCCUAAGAAAGGGAAAGCUUUGAUCAUAACUCACAAUGGAGCAAGUGGGAUGUAUCCUGGUUGUACUGAUCUCGCUUAUGAGCAAGCAGUAAACGAUGGAGCUGACAUAAUAGACUGCUCAGUCCAAAUGUCAAAAGAUGGAGUAGCUUUCUGUUUGGAUUCAGCCGAUCUGACAGGGGAUACUACUGCGAUGCCUACCUUCAUGUCUCGCUCUUCCUCCAUACCCGAAGUUCAAAAAGAGAAGGGAAUAUUUUCAUUUGAUCUUACAUGGAGCGAGAUACAAACCUUGAAGCCUCAAAUUGUGAGCCCUUUUGGACAAAAUGCUGGCUACCAAAGGAACCCUGAAGCCCAGAACAAGGGUAAAUUCAUGACACUCGCAGACUUCUUGGAGUUUGCUAAGGCAAAGGCAGUUUCUGGAAUCUUGAUUAACAUAGAAAAUGCUGCUUACCUAGCAUCAAAGAAGGGUCUUGACAUGGGAGAUUCUGUUACCAAAGCCUUAGGUAAUGCAACCUUUGACAAACAACAAACUCAACAAGUUUUGGUCCAGUCAGACGACACCUCAGUGUUGUCCAAGUUCCCAGGUGUCCCAGCCUACAAAAGAUUGUUACGCAUCAAAGAGGAGAUAGGUGAUGCGCCUAAACUGGCAGUAGAUGAAAUCAAGAAGUAUGCUGAUGGAGUUGUUGUCGGAAGACCUUCCCUGAUUUCAACUGAUAAUGGCUUUACCCAGGCUCAAACCAACGUUCUCCAGGAAAUGCACGCAGGAAACAUCUCAGUAUACGUCUUUGUUUUGAGAAAUGAGUUCGUCGCCCUUCCAUUCGAUUUCUAUGCGGAUCCCAUGGUGGAGCUUGCUACCUAUGUUGCUGCGCUAGAAGUUGAUGGGGUUAUAACCGACUUCCCUGGAACUUCCAGUCGAUAUAUGAGGAGCCCAUGCGUGGAUCUCAAUGGAGAGAUUGCCAUCAUACCAGCUGAACCUGGUGCGCUGCUUAAGCAAGUUCCUCCCAUGGCAUUGUCACCAGCAAAUCCCCCCAAUCCCCCCCUCGAGGUUGCAGAUGUUGUUGACCCUCCACUUCCGCCAGUAGCCAAUGUGUCAUCAUCCACAGCAGAUUCACCGGGUGCACCUGCACCUUCUUCCAGUGGAAUGGCGAUUACUGCCAACUUUGGUCUUGGUCUAGCAGCAAUUAUGGCGCUCAGCUUACUCUCUCUGGGAUAUUGACCUUUAAUGCCUAUCAACUCUAGCCACUUUGAUUUUUUUUUUUUCUCCUACAGCUUAAAAAUUUCAUGAUAUAAUUUUCUGUUUGUCAUCUUAAUAUUUCAUGGUAAUUUGUACUAUAGCGAACAGACAACUGGGAUAAGUUCUCAAAUUCUCAUACCACAUGAAUUUCAAUUGAAUCUCUGAUCCAUAGCCUAUUCUCCAUUUCCUUUUGCUUUUCUUUUAAUUAGGUAACCAGUAGCCAAUUGCAGUAUGUUGGAUUGGAAGGGAACUUGAAAUCUCCACUAUGAUAGUAAAAUCUUAUGGAAAUUCAUGCUUUAGCUAGAUAAAUUACAAUUCUGCAUCACAUCAAAAUCAUCCAUCUGUUACAGAAUAUGCCAGAGUGUACGUCCUCCACCAGGCAGGAAAACGCAACCAAGCAACACCAAGCACAGAACCUGGAGAAUUAAAAAAGGAAAAUGGGGACAUGGGGUUGGGGGAAGGAAGCGAGGCUCAGAUUCGCCUUUUAUCAGACAGGUAAAGGAACAAAGGCCGGUGGCUGCAACAAAAACGAGAGUUGCCCCGCCAAGCUACGGCCUUUUUUCCUCAAAGCCUGGACUUUCAUAAGCAAAAAUGAAGUCAUCAUAGCCUUAUCGCAUUCGUUUUCAGAGAGAGAGAGAGAGAGAGAGAGAGAGAGAAAAGAAGAAGAAAAAGAAUUAGAAAAGAAACAGGCAAUGCAUUAACUAACGAAGCAGACAA